AAGAUUAGUAAGGUGUUCCCUAGCGUAGGAAAAUUCAACCCAUUAAUGAGAUGAUGAGGAGUGACGACGAAGAAUAAUUGAUAAGGAAAAAACGAUGCUUCCUGCUUGCAUCGUAGCGCCUCAGUUGAAAGUCUCAGCCUCAAUUUUCCCCAUUAUAUAUACCUCUUUCCACUGAACAUAUACACACCAAUCUUCUCUCAUCCUUCUCUAAAUUUCUUUAAAAACUUUAGCUUCUUCUUCAGUUUAUUAAUAAAAAUAACUUCAAUUUUAGUAAUAACUCAUGGCGAACCCAGUUGAAGUUUCAGCUCUGAAUCGCAUCAAGUUGCAUCUUUUAGGUGAACUCUCACCGCUGGGUACUUCAGAGUUUGCCCAAAACAAAAAACCAUGGUUCGAAUUAGACGAAGCAAACCCUAGCCCCUCUCAAUCUGAGUCACUCUCUUCCUCUUCUGACUCUUCCAUCUCUUUGAAUCAUUAUUUCUCUGAUCUCCUCGAAACGGAAACUCAGAUUCCCCUCUUCGAAUUUGAGUCCAAACCCCAAGUAAUCGACAUCGAAACCCCUAAAACAGUAACAUCGAGUCCCACACCAAAUCAAACCGUCGAGAAGAAACCUCAACUGAAUCGGAAACCGUCGCUGCAAAUCUCUCUCCCGAAGAAAACCGAGUGGAUCCGAUUCGGAAACCCGGAUCCGAAUCCCGAGGCUCCGGAGGUAAUCGUGCAGAACCAACCGGAUCCCGUUGAGAAGAAGCACUACAGAGGGGUCCGACAGAGGCCGUGGGGAAAGUUCGCAGCUGAGAUCCGUGACCCGAACAAGCGCGGGUCAAGGGUGUGGCUUGGAACGUUCGACACCGCCAUCGAAGCCGCCAAAGCCUACGACCGAGCCGCGUUCAAGCUUCGCGGCUCCAAAGCUAUCCUCAACUUCCCUCUGGAAGUUGGCGCUGCGGCGGCGGAGGUGGUGCCUUCCAACGACGGCGAGAGAAAACGUCGCCGUGAAGAGGAGGAGCAGGUGGAAGUGACGCCGGUGGUUAAAAAGGAGAAAACGACGGAAUCAGACGUGAACUGUAAUAGGGAGAUUCCGUUAACGCCGUCUAUUUGGACCGGGUUUUGGGACAGUGAUGCUCAGGGGAUUUUCACCGUACCGCCGUUAUCUCCCCUUCCCGCUUUAGGUUAUUCGCAGCUUAUGGUUGUGUGAAAUUUUAAAUUUAGGGCUACUUGUUUUUUUUUUUUCCUUUCCCUUUUUGGUCUAUUAUUGCAUCCUGUUUAGUGAUGAGUACAGUGUACAUUUGUUGAUUUUCCCCAAAAUGGAGAUGAUUUGAUUUAUUUAACAAUCAU